AUGAAGGACAGCCCUCAGAUUCCUGUCAAGGCGGAGUCAAAUGUUACUGGCGAGCCCAACUCGGUGAAGACUGAGGCCCCGGUGAAUGGCGUCAAGCUUGAGGAUGGCAAUGCCAAGUUCGAAGUCGAGGUCCGGGAUAAUGUCAAGGCCGAAGACGACCAGAAAGAACGCGUUGAAACCAUCAAGUAUCCAGAAGUGGUUCCUUAUGAGCUCUUGGACAAACAGCCCAAACAUGUCAAAGCUACCAUGAAACCUUAUCAGUUGUCUGGCCUUUCGUACCUGCUCUGGCUCUACAGGAACGGUGCUUCUGGCAUCUUAGGUGAUGAGAUGGGUCUUGGCAAGACUCUGCAGACACUGUCUCUGUUCUCGUACCUUACCACCUACGAGCCGGUGCCCGCAGGACAUCAGCGUCCGUUCUUGGUAGUUUGCCCACUCUCGGUGCUUUCUUCCUGGAUAGCGGAGUGCAAGAAAUGGACUCCUCAUUUGCGUGUCCUGCGCUUUCACGGACCUACUACAGAGCGUGCGAGACUCAAGAAGGUGGCCGAGACCGGUGAGCUAUUCGGUGCAGACGAUUCCGAAGGCGAAGGACGCGGAUACGAUGUCGUUGUAACCAGCUACGAGGUCUUUGAGCGUGAGAAGGCUUGGUUUCGCCGUGCGUUUGUCUGGCGUUAUGUUGCUUUGGAUGAAGGACACAAGAUCAAAAAUGACAAGACGAACAUCGCAUUGGCGCUGCAGGGACUCGCCGCCGAAUAUCGCUUGAUCUUGACCGGAACGCCUCUCCAGAAUAACCUCACCGAGCUUUGGGCACUGCUUCACUGGUUGUACCCGGAUGUCUUCACGGAACAGACGAUGAAACUGUUCAGCGAUGCUUUCGACCUAACUCUCGGCAAGAAUGAUCUCAGUGUCAUGGACAACGCUCGGAAGCUCCUCGAGUUGGUCAUGCUUCGUCGUAUGAAAGAGAGCAUCGGAGUUAAUCUUGGACUGCCCACGAAGACGGAAGUGAUCAUGUUCCUGCCUCUGACACCCAUGCAGAGAUUCUGGUACAAGCGACUCCUGACCAGGCUCGACAAGGGACUUCUCGAGGGUGUUUUUGCAAACUCAAAGGAGAAAGUGCAACAGGAUCCUAUCAAGACCGAAGAUGGGAUCAGGGGCGAGCACAUCGUCAACGAUCAGGAGUUGGAAGAGCUUGAGAUCGACCAGUGGGGCGACACCAAGAAGAUCGUUGAGCAGGCUGUGGCGGAGAGCACUUCAUCGGACGGAAAGUGGAGAAAACUCAUGAAUCUAUUGAUGCAGCUACGCAAGUGCUGCGAUCACCCGUACCUUCUCCCCAAUGCAGAACCCGAGAGCGUGGCGGAUCACUCCGCUACGAUCAUGUUGGCGUCGUCGAAAAUGAUCUUCCUCGAUAAGCUCAUCGACGAGCUUUGCAUGAACCAAGGGAAGAAGGUUCUGAUCUUCUCAGGGUUCACCAAGAUGCUCGACGUCUGCGAAGAUUUCUUGCAUCUCAAGGGAGGCGAUGGCAGCAAGUUCAAGUUUGGUCGACUAGAUGGCACCACACCGAGAGCCAGACGAAACCUCGGAAUCAGACUUUUUAAUAAUGACCCCAAUUAUAAGGUUAUGUUGAUUUCGACUCGCGCCGGAGGACUGGGUAUCAACCUGGCGAGUGCGUCUGAUGUGGUCAUGUUGGAGUCCGACUGGAACCCGCAGGCCGAUCUUCAAGCGCAGGCCCGUGCCCACAGAAUCGGCCAGGUGAAUCCGGUUACCAUCUACCGUCUGAUCACUCAGGGUACGGUGGAAGAGCAGAUGAUGGGCCGCAUCCGGAAGAAGCUGUACCUCUCGGCGAAGGUCACCGAAGCAAUGCGUGAUAUUCACACGCAGACUUCAUCCGCUGGUCUCAACGGCGACACCGAAGACAAUCUCCCCACGCUGUCGACCAACCAGCUGAUGGCUCUUGUUCGCUCUGGUUCUCGUGCCAUUGCAAGGCCUGAGAUCGACCCCACGGAGAUGCUGCAAUGGGAUUGGGAGACUACCAUCCAGAAGUGCCGUGACUAUCAAGAGAAGAUGGAGACCGAGAACAAGGAGGGUAUCAGCGAUGAAACGGCUGAAGAAGAGCGUCGUUGGCUUUCCGAGAUGGAGCGUGUCGAGACCCGCGUUUUCGAAGGAAAACGACACGAGAAAUCGACCGAUUCCAACAAGGACAUCGCGAAGGACUGGGCUCGUUCUGACAGGCGCAUGGGCAUGGAACGUGUUGUCAUGGUUGAUGGUCACCCCGUCUUGAAGGAGACUAUCGGUAACGACACUUGGGAAGCCGUUGCCACGUUCGCCGGUAAAGACCCUAGACUUGCGGAGCCUCCCAAGCGCAAGAGGAAGGCUAUCGAGCACCAGGACUACUGUCAGAUUUGCUUUAAUGGAGGAACUCUACACACGUGUUCUGGCUGCCCCAGGGUAUAUCAUGACGGAUGUCUUCCCGAAGACUUUCAGCCUAGGCUUAAGGGUAGUAAGGUCGGACAUUUCUACUGCCCUCAGCACGAAUGUGUCGAGUGUCAGCAGAAGACAGUUAACGCCGGAGGUCUCAUCUUCCGUUGCCGUUGGUGUGAGAAUGGAUACUGUGAGGACUGUCUGAACUGGGAGCAGACCGAAUUGAUCGGAGAGAGCCUUCCCGAGCUCGAUCUUCUCAACUUCGGCCCCAUCGAGCAGGCGUUCUGGAUUAAGUGUGAACACUGCAUCCAUCUCCACACGUACGACAUCGACUCUAAGGCGCUUUGCGAGGAGAAAGUCAAGGCCUGGGAAGCAGAGAAGGAACGUCGCGAUGCCGCCCCGCCGGAACUCACCAUGGAUGGCACUACCGUCCAGGGAAGCGAGGUCGCCACCCCGGUCGACGAGAUGCCCGCCCUAUUCAUGGAGGAUGAAACCGCCGGCAAGAAGCGCAGGAGGAAGACUGUCGACUCGUAUGCGCCCCCGAAGUCCGCCAAGAAGGCUAAGACCGCGAAGACCCCGAAGAAGGCCAAGGCCCAGUAG